GUGAUGUGUAUAAAAAACAGUUGACAAAAUUCAACCUCCCUUCAUGAUUAAAAAAAAAAAAAAGCAACAAAAUAAGAACAGAAGGGAAUUUUCUCAACCUGAAGUAAUUGCUAGCUAACAUGAUUCUUAAUGGUGAAAGGCAAAAGGCUUUCCUUCUGAUCCAGAGCAAGCAAAUAUGUCCACCCUCCCCUUUGAUAGAAGUUCUAGUCAGUGCAUUAACCAAAGGAAAGAAGUAAAAAGUAUAUGGGUUUGAAAGGAAGAAAUAAAACAUCCUUUAUUCACAGAUGCCAUGACCACCUACGUAGAAAACCCCAAAGAAUCUAUUUUUAAAAAAAUAGAAUUAAUAAAUCGAGUUCAGGAGGUCGAGAGGCUCCCCUGCCGUUACCAAAAUGGAGACUUUGUGCUGGGUCCUGUUCUUAGUGCUCGAAUGCCCCAACCUGAAGCUGAAGAAGCCGCCCUGGGUACAUAUGCCAUCGGCCAUGAGGAUGUAUGCUCUGGUGGUGGUGUCUUACUUCCCCAUUACCAGAGGAAUAAUUUAUGAUGUUAUUGUUGAACCUCCAAGUGUUGGUUCUAUGACCAGUGACCAUGGACAUCAGAGACCAGUAGCUUUCUUGGCCUACACAGUAAAUGGACAAUAUAUUAUGGAAGGACUCGCAUCCAGCUUCCUGUUUACAUGAAUGGGAGGUUUAGGUUUCACAAUCCCGGACCAUUCGAAUGCACCAAACAUUCCAAAACUCAGUAGAUUUCUUCUUCUAUUCAUUGGAUUUGUCUGUAUCCUAUUGAGUUUUUUCAUGGCUAGAGUAUUUGUGAGAAUGAAACUGCCGGGUUAUCUGAUGGGUUAAAAUGCCUUAUGAGACGAAAUCUGUAGAUAUUGGAUUUGUUCCUGUUAAUGAAGUUUUAAAGGCUGUACCAAUUCUCUGAUGUGAACUAUGGAAAAGAAUGAAGCAGCAGAAAAGAAGCAUCUAGUGAAGACAUAGGAAGCAUGUUAAAGCUUGAACUAGAAUGUCUUCUUGGUAUCAAAGAGACAGGCUUAUCACAGUAUUUUUUCCUGCUGGCCUAUGCCAACGUACAAACGAUGUUAAGUAGCAUUUUCCUCUUAGUUUUUCAUUUCUUAAAGAAAAUAUUCUCCAUUUCUACAACUUUAAUACUGAAUAAAGUGAUAAUUUUUUACAGCUCCCUUAACAUUUUUUGGAGAGGAUAUUUGUGACUCAAUGUAAAAUCAGGAAGUGAGAUACCAUAAGCUGGGAACUCUGGACAGAUGAUCAGCUUUACCUGUGGUGCUUUGCCUUUAAAUAGAGUGUGUGCUCUGGAAAAUAGUGUGGAGGUUCCUCAAAAUAUUAAAAAUAGACCUAUCCUAUGACCCAGCAGUAGUACUGCUAGGAAUUUACCCAAGGGAUACAGGAGUACUGAUGCA